CAAAGGUUUGGAGAAUACAAAAGAAAUAUGAGGGAUGCUAAUAAACUAGCUUAUGUUUUAUGUGCUGGUCUUGAUACGAUUAUUAUGUCAUUUACAGAAUCCUUGCCAGAUCAUCCUUGGUUUAAAAAGUUAAAAACGCUUACAUUAAGGGGUGUGAGUUUGAAAGAAAUCCGACAUCCGCUAUCAAGGAUGAAAUUUUAAAAUUCAUCGAUUUGGGGCUUCAAACCCUAGUGACACAAAAAGUCGAGGUCCAAGAGUUUUGGCGAAAAAUGUUUUUGCAACGUAAAAUUUAUUGUUAUUUAGGAUUGUCAAACAAGGCAUGUCCUAUAUCUAAAUUUGAAAAGGACAGAGAUGAUUUGGAGGAAGCUAGCAAAUUAUUAGCAGAGAUAUACCCAAUAAGGGAGGGUAUGGAUGACCGAAGGAAACAAUUAUUUUUGGUAGCAGAUGCACGCUAUCAUGAACUUCAAGAGCAUAAGCAUACUGAAUUAGCUCUUACAUAUUUAAAUCACGCAAUAUCAUUUGACCCUGAAAUGAAAUUUGGUGAUACUCGUUACAUAAAACAGUAUAAAUCAGAACUUCAAGAUUUUAUGAUGAUAUGUGACGAAAUCAAACCAUCACAUGAAAAGCAAACGCAAUCGCUAAAGGAAAGACACGUUGAUUUGAGAUUGACAAUUAAAUAUAUUGAUUUACAUCCUGAUAUUUGCAAGGUUUUGAAAAGCAAUUGUGAUGUAGAUUACCGGGAGCUGAUAAAUACAGUUAGAAUAGUCGGUUUUGAUUUAUACAUUGGAAACAGGGACGACCAAGACUUAAAAACCCAUUUUAAGGAAGAUUUCUAUUUGACAUUUCUCAGGCACCAAGAUUUGAUAAUGCCUGAUGUUGGUGUUAAAGAACUUCGUCGCAGAUUGUUAAAGUUUCUGAAACAAAACCCAUUACAUGAAAUGAACGAACAUUUUGGUGACUUUGUUAAACGGUCAUGCCAUUGUCAUCUGUCUCAUGGAUCGGAAUUCAUGACUUACUUGGAAGAGAAAAUGUGUUGGCAGGUUAUUCUUCAAAUGGUGGAAAAAGAAACUUUUUGUGGUGCUGUAGAAGUAUGGGGAAUUGCUCGUCUAUGUAAUAUCCCGUUAUCAGUGCUCUCUUUUAGACAAGACAGAACAUCUGUGCAGAAAGUAUCCUUUAAUUUCUGUCGUGAGAGUUUGACAAACCAUGUUCUGUAUGUCGGUCACGUCUUUCACGAAACCCAUAAGUUCUUCCCUUUAAGAAAAGGCAAGAGCUUUUUUGAAGAG